AUGACAAAAGAAGAUUUGGAAACAAAUGAUGGUGUUGCUAAUCUUAUGAGAAUUUUAUCACUUGAUGAAACAUUACUUGAUUCUAUUCAACAAGGUUUGAAAAAAAUAAUCAGCACAGAUCAUAAUACGAUGAUAACUAACGAUAGUAAUGAAAGAAUAUUAAAAAAUCAUAUUCAGGUAUUAACAUUAUGUCAAAUGUUUAUUCCUGCAGACGAUGAAACUGAUAAAAAAAAUUAA